CACAAGCGGCAUAUAGACAGAGGACGGAGCAGAUUGGCAUCCUCCUUCCUUUCUUCCUCCCCCGUCGCCGGGCUCACCACCGCCGCCGCCUCCUCCCCCCGCCCGUCGCCUCCUCACCGUCGGCCCCAGCCACGCCGCGCCCCUUCGCAUCCUCUGCUCUCCGCCCGUACAGAUCCGUCCGGCGAGCAUCCUCGGCCCGCUCCCGACGGGCUCGCCGCCGCCAGGACCUCACCGCCCGCCCUCCUCACCACGAAGAGAACCGAGGUCCGCCGCCCAAGCUCCAAUUUUUCGUCCGGGGAACAGAACCCAACCGUCCGCCGCCUUCUCUGCUCAACUGAAGAGAUCGUGAUUCCUCGCUGCUUGCUUGGGCGUACGAGGGAGCCCCCAUGGCGGGGCUAGAGGAGUUGAAGAAGAAGCUGCAGCCCUUGCUGUUCGACGACUCGGACAAGGGUGGCGUCAGCACCCGGGUUCCCUUCCCGGAGGACACAUGCGAUUCCUAUGUGGUGUCUGAUGGUGGAACAAUAAAUUUACUGAGUAGAUCGUUUGGUGAGUAUAACAUCAAUGAGCAUGGCUUUCAUAAGCGAAGUACUGGGCCAGAAGAGCCAGAUACCGGUGAGAAGGCAUACCGAUGUGCAUCUGAAGACAUGCAUAUAUUUGGUCCCAUUGGAAGCGGAGCAAGCAGCGUUGUUCAGAGAGCUAUUUUCAUACCAGUUCAUCGAAUUCUGGCCUUGAAGAAGAUAAACAUAUUUGAGAAGGAGAAAAGGCAACAAAUUCUUAAUGAGAUGAGAACGUUAUGUGAAGCAAGUUGCUAUCCUGGUUUAGUUGAAUUCCAGGGUGCAUUUUACAUGCCCGAUUCUGGACAAAUAAGCAUUGCCCUUGAAUACAUGGAUGGUGGCUCUUUAGCAGACGUUAUAAGAGUCAAGAAAUCAAUAUCAGAGCCAGUUCUUGCGCAUAUGCUACUGAAAGUAUUACUUGGCCUGAAGUACUUGCAUGAAGUAAGACAUCUAGUGCAUAGAGAUCUAAAGCCAGCGAAUAUACUGGUAAACCUCAAGGGAGAGGCAAAAAUUACAGACUUUGGUGUAAGUGCUGGUUUGGACAAUACAAUGGCUAUGUGUGCUACCUUUGUAGGAACCGUGACAUAUAUGUCACCUGAGAGAAUUCGUAAUGAGAACUACUCUUAUGCUGCUGAUAUUUGGAGUCUUGGACUAACGAUAUUGGAGUGUGCUACUGGUAAAUUUCCAUAUAAUGUCAAUGAAGGCCCAGCCAAUCUCAUGCUGCAGAUACUCGAUGAUCCAUCACCAGCACCACCAGAAGAUGCCUAUACACCAGAAUUUUGUUCCUUCAUAAAAGAUUGCUUGUGGAAAGAUGCUGAUGCAAGGCCUACAUGCGAGCAGCUUUUGUCACACCCAUUCAUCAAGAGGUAUGAGCAAACUGGUGUGGACUUGGCAGCAUAUGUCAGGGGUGUUGUUAACCCAACAGAAAGAUUGAAGCAAAUAGCGGAGAUGCUUGCUGUUCAUUAUUACCUCCUGUUUAAUGGCUCUGAAGGACCUUGGAAUCAUAUGAAGACAUUCUACAGGGAAGAAUCAUCUUUCAGUUUUUCAGGGAAUGUGUAUGUCGGACAAAGUGCCAUAUUUGAUACUUUAUCAAAUAUAAGGAAGAAGUUAAAAGGUGAUCGGCCUAGAGAAAAAAUUGUUCAUGUUGUUGAGAAGCUGCAUUGUCGUGCGAAUGGGGAAACAGAAAUCGCUAUCCGUGUGUCUGGAUCAUUCAUCACGGGCAACCAAUUCCUAAUAUUUGGUGAAGGGUUGCAAGCUGAAGGGAUGCCCAGCCUGGACGAAAUCAAUAUCGACAUUCCAAGCAAGCGGGUAGGCCAGUUCCGGGAGCAGUUUACCGUGCUUCCAGGGACUUCCAUGGGAUGCUACUACAUAGCAAAGCAAGACCUCUACAUCGUCCAGUCCUGAAAACAAUGUAUAAAGUGUAAGAUCUAAUUUUUGUUGUCAACCAAGCUUUCAGUUUGAUGGAUUGCUCUUAUUGCCAUCGAUCAUUUGUUUGCUUAUGAGAUUGCUUGGUUUGCAGUUAUGUUCCGUUUGUGCCGUCAAUGUCCAUGAUGAAAGCUACGUCAUGGUUUCCACGCCUCGCGACCCCAUAACUUCGACAUGCUUCAGAUCACAAUGCAGUCCUGCUACCAUUGACAUUGAUUCCAUUUCUUCUCGAUGCGAUCAAUCAAACUUGUAGCUGAAACAUAACUUGAUUGUUGUUUGUAAGGUGGUAAGGAAAAUGAAGCGAUUCUAAUGAUUCAUGUGUGUAGAUAGAUACUCUUGACACAUGGUGCGGGUUUAGUCGAGGCUGCUCAAUUUCUGUUGUAGAUGAGAAGAUUGCAUCGUGUGUGCGCUAAUAAGUGACACAUCUCAAUGUAGGUUUGUAUUACUAAUGCUUAUGUGUAAAAGACUAUCUAUAAUUAACUCCGCUGGUACUGUAUCGUUAUGUUUGACAUUUUUCUUUUUUCUUGAACUGGUACUAAGAUGUCUGAGAAGUUCAAAUUUGACGUACUUUA